UACAGUACAUAGGAAAUGACUCAUAGGAGUUGAACUGUUAGCGUGGGUGUGUGCGCUAUUAAAACAAGGCGCAGACUCCUCCGGGUGACUCACUCUGAUGCUCGCUUUUCCAUGCUGAAAACCAGCACGGAUUGUUAAUCAGAUGAACUUUCGGGAAUUGUGUAGCCGACAGCGAGCAGCUUUUUACCCGCAGACAUCAUGGCUUCAAACGCUCUCUGCGCGCUGUGCGGACUUAUUAUAGCGGCUGUGAUCAAUUUCUAUGGCGUGAGCGCACAGAAAAGUCAGUGUAACAGUUUAGAGUUUUGGAACUCAGAUUUGGACGUUUGUGUGCCGUGUUCAUCGUGCAAGCUGUACCCAAAGACCCCAUCAUGCAACACAUGUAAAUCUGUGGAUGAGACACCUGACGUGUGGAAACUGGCGGCCAUCACAAGCUUCUCAGUGCUGGCUGUUGUGUUGGUUGGUGCUGCGCUGAUUAUCGGAGUCAUGGUGCAUCGACGCAAGUCGCACAAACGGCCCCUACGUGAACCCAUUGAAGAAACUGCGGGGCCACUUUAUCAAGCUUAAACAAUACACCUCAUCUUCCUCUGGAAACAGAUGUGACAGAACCACAGAGCGACCGGUUCAGAGCCGGACGGAGGAACCUCUGGACCAUGAACUGUAUACUCUGACUGCAGGGUAUCUCUUCACCGGAAUUGGACCAUUAUUAAUUUAUUAGACUGUCGAGUGAAGUGCUGUGCUCAGUGUGGGACCAACAGUGUGACCGCAGGAGCAGCUCUCACACCUCUGUAGGAAUAGUAACAACAUUAUAUUAGUGGUAUCAUUCUCAGAUAUUGUGUGCCUUUAUAGUCCACUUAAAUAAGAUUUUGGUCUGGAAGACCUUUGUGGGUUUGCAGAUGUUUGAUUCAGAAAAAAAAUCCAAACUACAGUCCUUUCCUCAGAGAGAUGGACGCCUUCCAAAUCCUGUAUUUUAUUUUCCAGAAGGACUCCGAUGAAUGUAACACAGCCACUGCUGCCUGCUGCAUGUUGUUUUCCCCGGCUAGUCCCGCCCCACUGUGCUGUGAUUGCCAAGUAUUAACCCUAUGACCUCUGUCCUAACCCUAACCGCCUCUGACCUCGACAUAUUGACGUGACAAGUACAAGCCAAUCACAGCACAGUAGGGCGAAACAUGGGUGAGAAACAAAAUGUGCCUGCUAGGCUGUAGUUUGAUCUCCUGCUAUUCAGCGGGGUUAGACGGAGUCUAUCUGCUGGUCAUUUACCACAACAGCUUCUUAAAGGGGAACACCACCUAAAUUAAGAAUUCCAAUAUGUUAUUUCCAUGACCUAGGAAAGGUCAAUCAGUAUUCGUGAACAUGAACUGCUGUUGCUCAAAGCCAGAAACCAGGGAAGUGAGUGUCAAACUUGUGAUGUCUUCAAGUAUUACAGGGUUUCUACAGUUUAAGGCGAGUUGGAUUUAAGACUCCAGAAUCCAAGGGGAAAAAAUACAAACCAAAAUCAGGUACUCAAGGUUAGGGACAGUUUAGCCAAAUUUUUAUUGUUACAUUAAGCAUGACUUUAUUUUUUUUGUCUUGUUGCAGAAAGGAGGGUAGAACAGAACUGUGAAAUACCAGUGCCAAUAUGUUGGCAAUUUUGUUGUUCUCAUUUCACAGGUGUGAUUCCACUGCCUUUAUUCCCAUCAUGCUCAGUUUGAAAAACGUAUUGCAUAAAAAUACACCAAGCCUAGUAUGCAUUGCCUUGUACCGAUUUCAGUCACGCCAGGAAAUUCUGGUUUCUUUUUAAGUUUUGUACUUUCCUAUGUCGUCCAGCGUACAGUGACAGCUAGCUAGGAGAAGGUGGAUGUACUGCUCUGAGCAUCCCGGCUGGAAACAUCAUAUGUGUUGGUCAACUAUCCUGAUCUGUGUCACGUUAAUGCAAGAAGCAUUAGAUUUUUUUUUUUUUACUUACUUACUCUCAGCAUUUUUAAGACUUUUGAAAGAUUUAUAUAAGACAUUAUGAUACAAAUUAAACCCUUAUUUUUACAUUAAUGAAUCAGUGCCUUUAAGACUUUGUAAGGAUCUGCAGGAGCCCUCUAUAAAGUCUAGAGCUGCUUUGUAGACAAUGGAUGGGAGCCUGAUUUUGUGGAGCCACAGAAUGUUUGUUUUCCUUUUUAUUUCACCCAAAUGAGCUUCACUGUGUUGUAAUGUUCUCAGUACUGAAACAGAAAAUGUACCCAUAUACUCAGAAAACUCCCCUGGGUGCUCUGUUUCAUCUAUAACAUAUUUCCAAUUCAUUGUCAGUGGAGCAGCUCAAGACUUUAAUCUUGAUGACAUCACAAAUGUGAGUUUUAGCAUUGUAGUUUUUGGAUUUGAGAGAGUUGUUCAUGUUCAGUAAAAUCUGUUGACUGUCUUAGAUGAUAGGAAUAACGUGGGAAUUUUUAAAAUAGGCGCAGUUCCCCUUUAAAGAUAAGUCACAUGUGAGUUAGACGUACUGUCAGGCACAUUAAGGCCAUUUGAAUGUAGCUACUCUUUACAGUAGGUGAAAUGUAUUCCAGACUUCGUCCCUGCCAGUGAGAAAGCUGUUAUUAACUGUACUCGUUCACUGUUACCGGUUCUCCUGAGACCAACACAGAACCUUUAUUGCAGAUGAUCACAAUAUUGUCUUGUCUGUUUUAAUGUCAGUAGGUUUGAGGCUUAGUAUUUCCCCAGAAUUCCCACGAUACCGUCCCGCCACUUGUAAGACAGGAUGUUUGAAACACUAGACUCACAAUCCCCAAACUGCUAACAUGUGGGAAUGUUGUAAGGAAUGUACUGUAGUGAAGGGAAUGACACCUACAGUGAUUUAGGUGCAGCUACACAAUCACUAUGCUUACUAAACCUGUCCAAUCGUUUCAGAUCUGAGGAUACAUGUCGACAUGUUUGUUAUUUUGUAGCCAAUGAAACCAGCAAGAACCAUGGCGGGCAGGGUGGUUGUUUUCCACUUCUUUUUAUAGUUGAGGAUGUUUUCUAGCUUCAAAACAUCACCAGUACGCGGUUACUGAUGUAUUUUAAGUGACUGACAAUGAUUCAGGUCGUAUGGUGGAUCUGUCUGCUUGUGGGUAAACUGCUUGCCCUCUGGCAGCAAAAUUACGGACUCACUUAAAAUACAAUACUUCCUUUUUUUUUUUUUUUUUUAAGAUGUUUAUAUUAUUUAUUUUUAAGUAUCUCGCAGUGUUAUUUUGCAUAUACUGCAAGUGACAAGCACAUUUUUAAAGGGACUCCAGUGAAGAUUUUUGUUGAACUUCCACCAGGCCAGCUGACGAUAAUACUGAGCAAUAACUAACAUUUUCUGCUUGUUUCUCUUGCUUUCUUUUUCUUCUUGUAUAUACUGUACAUGCACUGGCUUCUUUUACUUUAAUGCAAUCUUAUAAAGUGCUUUGUGUAUCAAAUGUAUUUUCACAAUAAAACUGACAAUUUCCAAUAAUAA